AUGGGGUCGACGGAAGAUCCCGACCCGAGCUUCAAGGAGAUUCCAGAGUACGAGUACGCCGACGAGGAGGUGAUAUUCCAUGAAGGGUCAGACUUGUUCGCAGAAGACGUGGAAGCCGAAAUGGCGGUGUUGCCAGAAGUCCCGUUGACGGCAGAAGUGAAGAUCGGGGAUCUCAAAAUCGGGCGUCCGGAAGGAGUUGACCCGGAGGAAGCUGCAGAGAUGGAAGAACGGCUGCGCCAAAUCGUCUGGAAGAAGCGUAAAUGGUUGAUCGGGAAGGGCAACGCUCUGCCACCUGCAGCGAAGGGUGUCAUCUGCGACAUCGAUGUGGGAAACGCGAGGCCCGUCGCACAACGCGUCCGGAAGAUCUCAUCGCAGUUUCGCGAGAAACUAGCCGAUCUGAUCCGAGGACUCCUCAGCGCACGUAUGAUCCGCGCGUCGAAGUCACCUUGGGCUUCCCCCAUCGUCGUCAUCGUGAAGAAGAACGGCGUCGACAUCAGACUCUGUGUCGACUACAGGUUGGUCAACGGUCUGACCCAGUUGAUGGUGUACCCGAUGCCACUGGUCACGGACCUCUUGGAAGACUUGGAUAAGUACCGAUGGUACUGCUCCUUAGACAUGGCCAGCGGAUUUUGGGUAGUCCCGAUGACGGACCGAGCCCGUCUCAUCUCCGCGUUCAUCAUACCAUUCGGGCUGUUCGAGUGGCUGCGUAUGCCAUUCGGUUUAUGCAACGCGCCACAGAUAUACCAGCGGCUGAUAGACAACGCGCUGUACGUCUGGAAACUCUCGCCGACUGAAGAUACCCGCGACGUUUUCAAGGACGGGGUCCCGUCCAAGCCUGGAACACGGUCCGUGCUUGGUCGACGGUCCUACAUUGACGAUAUUCUGAUCGGGGGAAAGUCUUGGGAUGACUUGUGCGAGAAGGUGGAACGCCUCCUCGAGGUCUGCGAGGAGUGGCACCUGUCGAUCAGUGUCGAGAAAAGCGAAUGGGGAAUGCCAAGAGUGGAUUACUUGGGGCACGAGGUUUCGGAAAACGGACUCGGGGCGAAGCUAAAGAACUUGGAAGCACUAGCGGCGCUGGAUUUCCCGCGCACGCAAAAAGGGUUGCAA